CCUUUGAGACCCCGGAUCGCAAGAGAAUCUUGCAAUGUGACAUCAAGAAUUCAUAAUAAACCCACCACUACCACCACUACCACUACUCCUACUCUCUUUCUCUGGCUAUCUCGAUUGUAACCCGUCUGGAAAACAAUCAUGCCUUCUACAAACGGCCACACCGCGAACGAGGAAUCCCUAAGUCUCAUCUCCCAGCUGCAAGCCCUCGCAUCGAGGCUCAGCAACCCUAAUGAUCUCGACGCCCGCAAACAGUGCCUGCAGCUCAGCAAAUCCCUCACCGUGGAACUGGAACAGCCCGAGAACAUCGCCGUGGACAUGGCCUUUGCGCCCAUGGUCGCCACCAGCGCUCGCAUCGCCGUGGACCUGAAUCUCUUCGCGCACAUCGUCCAGGCGAACGAACCCAUCACCGCCGCGAGACUGGCCGUGCUUUCCGGUGCGGAAGAACUGUUGAUCGUCCGCCUCCUCCGCCUCCUCUCGGCCGUCCACUUCGUCCGCGAAGUCGCGCCGCAGACCUGGACCGCCAGCCGCAUCACGCACACCAUGGCGACGGAGGAGAUCGCGGCGGGCCACCGCAUGGUCUCGCGGCUGAUCGUGCCCGCCAUGCAGAGCGCGCCGGCCUACUUCCACGCGCGCGGAUACACCUGCCCCUUCGACCCGACCGACGGGCUGAUGCAGUACGCCUUCGGCACGAAGCAGACGACCUUCGACCGCAUCGCCGGCGACCCGGCCCUCCUCCGCGACUUCAACACCUUCAUGGGCAACACCAUGGGCGCCCGGAAGUACUGGGUCGAUUGGUACCCCGUGCAGGACCGGAUCCUGGAUGGCUGUGCGGCUGACAAAAGCCAGACGUUGCUGGUGGAUGUCAGCGCGGGCAAGGGACAUGACCUGCUGGCCUUCCGGGCCAGGUUCCCCCAGGCCCGGGGGCGACUGGUGCUGGAGGAUCUGCCCGCGGUCAUUGAUGGGUUGAGUGAGUUGGAUGUCGAUCGUGCCAUUGAGAAGGUUUCAUAUGAUUUCUUCACCGCGCAGCCGGUGGUCGGCGCCCGCGUCUACUUCUACCACCAUAUCCUCCACGAUUGGUCCGACCCUUACUGCCGCCGGAUUUUGGACAAGGUGGCCGCGGCCAUGACCCCGGGGUUCUCGAAGCUGCUCGUGCACGAGAUCAUCGUCGCAGACGAAAAGGCCGCUCAAUUCCAGGCCCAGUUUGAUAUGACGAUGAUGGCGUUCAACUCGGGGAUCGAGCGCACUCGCCCGCAGUGGCAGGCCCUGCUGGAGUCGGCCGGCCUGACGGUGGUCGGGGUCUGGGAUUCCGUCGAUGAGGGCGGCGAUGGGAUCGUGGAGGCGAUGAAGUUACUUGAAUCCUGAGUCUUGACUGGCUACGUGCAGAUGACUUGGA